AUGAGGGCUUCUUUACUUGUCCCUUUGGCCAUCUUGGCUUCCGAGGCUUUUGCAUCGCAGUCUCAUAUCGAAAUCCCCCGCCGAGAUGCAGAUGCCGCAGAAAUUGAGUCGUGGUUCGCCACGGCCCAGCGAGCAUCGCUUGAUACAAGCAAGAAGUGCCCUGUAUCCUGUAGCGAAACCAAAGAUAGCAGCUCCAGUACGGAAUGGUACUUGUUUCCGGAUGCUGCAGAGUUGGCGUCAUGUAACGAGACUAUGCUACUCAACAUGGCCGUCAAGACCACAGCCGAAGACCAAGCAACAUCUACGGCUAUCCGGGCGUGCACAGCCGACUAUGACUCGGGAGUAAAAGCUGCAUUCGUUGCGGACGAGAACAAGGCAUCCCUCUGUGUGACGUCUAAUCGCGUCCUGGAGGAAGGCUCCGUCUACAUGCACGAAGCACAAGUUGGAAGCAAUGCUGCUGCGUUCUCUGUCAACCAUCUCCUUGCUGCUGGAAAUCAGAUUUCCCGCCAUCUUGCAUUACAAGUGCCCUCUUGUGUUGACAACGCAAUCGAAUUCGCAUAUUCCCAAUCAGCAGCCAUUGGCGUCUUUGCCGGAGUGGAGGUUCAUCAGCACGGAAUAACCUCGGAUGUUCUCGAAAAUUUGCUGAAAUACGCAGAGGAGAAGGCCAUCUCCAAACCCACUAUCGUCCAGCUAUGCGGUUCAGAUGGUCGCGGCGCGGAUUAUAGCCUUGGUAUUGUCACUGCUGGCGUCGCGAAUCUUCCCUUCAUCCAAGAGGCUGUCAAGACAUGGUCCGAGGGAGAAUGUGUCGCGGAGCCGGGUGCGGGAGAGUCUUGGAUGUCGGUCACUCUGCGUGUUCCCUCUCCCGUUGAGGCUACAUCAAACAGUACCACCAAUUCGACGACAUCAUCUAGCACCACGCCCGCAAGCCUCAAGGCAAGGUCGCUCCUUGACAAGAGAGCCGACUGCAAAACAACCAAAGUCCAAUCCGGAGAUGGAUGCUGGGCCGUAUCCAACAGAUGCGGGAUCAGUCAGGCUGACCUAGAGAAGUACAAUCGCGCGAACCUCUGCAGCACCCUCAUCCUCGAUGAGAUCGUCUGUUGCAGCAGCGGCACUCUACCUAGCACGAUACCACCAGGAAACUCGGACGGCACGUGCAAGACAAGAACCGUGGUGUCUGGCGACAGCUGCGGCUCGCUAGCAUCCAAGUGCGGUAUCAGCGCGGCGGAUUUCAUGAAAGUGAACACCAAAACCAAUCUAUGCUCGACCCUAGCCGAGGGCCAACAGGUCUGCUGCACGGCCGGCUCGAAGCCGGACUUGAAGCCCAAGCCCGAUGCCGAUGGCUAUUGCGCCACAUACACGACUGUAAAGAAUGACUACUGCGCUAAGAUUGCGGCGGCUCGUGACCUGACCGUGAAGGACCUGGAAGACUUCAACAAGAAGACGUGGGGCUGGAAUGGCUGCGAGGACGGAAAGCUCCUGUCUGAAUUCAACAUGUGCGUGAGCACGGGAAGCCCGCCCAUGCCAAUGAAUGUUCCUAACGCUGUUUGCGGACCAACGGUGAAUGACACAGCACGGCCGUCCGCAGGAACCGACUUGAGCACACUCAACCCGUGUCCACUCAAUGUUUGCUGCAAUAUCUGGGGCCAGUGUGGUAUGACGGAUGACUUCUGUGUUAAGAAGGAUUCGGAGACCGGUGCGCCCGGAACCUCGGGUGCAAAGAACGGAUGUAUCAGCAACUGCGGUAGAGAUAUCAUCAAAGGAAGUGCGCCGGCUGAGAAGAUCAAGGUUGCGUACUUUGAGGCUUGGAACCACAACCGCGAGUGCUUGACCAUGGAUGUCGACCAGAUCGACACAGAUGCCUACACCCAUAUUCACUUCUCCUUUGCCGAUAUCACGGCGAAUGACUUCGCAGUUGAUAUCAGCAAGGUCCAGGAGCAGUUCGACAUCUUCAAGGGCAUGUCAGGCGUCAAGAAGAUCAUCUCGUUCGGUGGCUGGGAUUUCAGCACGCUCCCCGGGACUUUCAACAUCCUCCGUACCGCCGUCCAGCCUGGUAACCGCGACAAGUUCAAGAAGAAUCUCAUUGCAUUCGUCAAUGAUAACAAUCUUGACGGUAUCGACCUCGACUGGGAGUAUCCUGGAGCCCCUGAUAUUCCCGACAUCCCCAGUGACGACCCCGUCAAUGGUAAGAAUUACUAUGAAUUCUUAUCGGAUCUCAAGAAAUCCAUUGGCUCUUCCAAAUCGGUUUCAUUUGCGGCACCAGCAUCCUAUUGGUACCUCAAGGCAUACCCUAUCAAGCAAAUGGCUGCGGCCCUCGAUUACAUCAUCUAUAUGACGUACGAUCUUCAUGGCCAGUGGGAUUACGGUAACAAGUGGUCUUCUCCUGGUUGCGAGUCUGGUAACUGCCUGAGGUCCCACGUCAACGAGACGGAGACCAAGGAUGCCCUUUCUAUGAUCACCAAAGCCGGCGCCGCCUCAAACAAGGUCGUCGUAGGCGUGGCCAGUUACGGUCGAUCGUUCAAGAUGGCCGAAGCGGGUUGCGACUCUGAGACUUGCCUGUUCACAGGCACGAACCGCAUAUCCAACGCCGCCAAAGGACGCUGUACUGACACUGGUGGCUACAUCUCCAAUGCCGAAAUCGACGAGAUCAUCCAAAGCGGCAAAGUUACUAAGCAAUGGAAGAAAGAAGGCUCCAACAUAUUAGUUUACAACGACACGGAGUGGGUAGCCUACAUGGACGACGACAUGAAGAAGUCUCGGGCCGAGUUCUACGAUUCGUACAACUUUGCGGGCACCACCGACUGGGCCGUGGAUCUGCAGUAUUUCGCAGAUGGAAGCGGCGGUGACGACUACGACGAUGAUUACGAGUAUGAAAUCGACGAGGCCUAUUGGACUCCGUGCCAAGCCUCAUACAGCACGCUCGACCAGCUCGACCAACGUAAAGACUCGACUCCCGCACACUGCAUCGAGCAGUACCUCCUAGACAUCCAAGUCGCAACUCUAGAAGCAGCACUAAACAAGUACGAGAAGCUUAUCGCCGACGGCUACGACCACAAGUUCUCGAUCUACGAGAAAUACGUCACAGCCCAGGUCCCGGGCCAAGUCGACCACUUCAUGGCCAGCGACAAGGUGCAGAACUACUUCACCUGCAAAGAGACCAAGGACAUCACAUGCUGCAGCAGCUGCCGGUAUUCCAACUGCGUCGACACCUGCGUCAAAGGCAGCGACUGCAAGAACGGGCGAGGCACAAUCGACAUCAAGUGUCCACAGAUGGAGACCCAGAAAUCGAUGCUAGACGGCACGGCGAUCCCCAACGCGACAUUCACGCUCAAAGACGCGGACGGGUUCUGGAAGGACAUCGGCGACGAAUUCGGCAUCGACGAAUCAUGGAUCAAAUUCGGCCGACGCCUAAUGCGCGUCAACAACGGGUGCCAGUACGCCGGCGAGAAAGUAAACGAGUGCCAGGACAAGCAGAACAACUUCUUCUACAACUACCCCCUCGCGGACAAAGUAAGCGUCUACAACCCCAAAGAGGUAAUCGGCGACUCCUUCCCCAAAGCGACAGACAUGCUCGACCGCUUCAAAACCGUGCGCAUGUACGGGAACUGGGACGAUCUAAUGGAGCUCACGGACCUCGUGGACGCGACCUCUCUACCGGGCUACUCGACCGAAGAAGCCGUAGCCAGCAUGGAGAAGAUCGUCGAGCAAGCCGGGGAAAUCGAGAAAAAGCAGCGCGAAGAGUUCAUCCUGAACUUCAUCACCGGCCUACUCUUCUGGAUCCCAAUCGUAGGCGAGGCCAUCGGCGCCGCGGGAAUGACGACGGUGCGCUCUCUCCUCCGCCUCAUCGGCUCGACGGGCGACGCGGGGCUCGCCGUCUACGAUAUCGUGAAUAACCCCGAGAACGCGUUCAUGGCCGUGUUCAGCUACCUUGCUGGCGCGGGGCUCGGACGCGCUGGGUUUAGGAACGCGGCGAAUUCGAGGAGGGGGCUGAGUUCGUCUGAGUAUGAUAGUCUGGGGGGCGUUAAGACGAAGUUGGAUUUGGUGCAGAAUAUUCGGGGGAAUAUAUGUCCAAGGUGA